UGGUGUUAGGCGUCGUCCGGGACCGAGAGAAAGAGAGAGAGAAGAGAGAGAGAGAGAAAGAGAUUCCUCCGAGAGAGAACCGCCAUCGAGUACCGCUGCCGCCGCCGUCAUCGUCAUCUCGUAGCCGUAGUCGUCGUCUUCGUUGUUGCCGUCUUCGUCGUUGUCUUCGUGUUCAUCGUUACCGUCGUGCCGCCGCGGUGCGUCGCCGUCGCGCACUCGAUGCCAAAGCGGCGACAUCUGUUUCCGCGACGGAGCGUCGUUUCGCGCGUCGCCUUCGCCACGCACCUGGCCGUGGAUUACCCGGAAAUCAGCGAUCGCCCGUCCGCCGAGAAAACUCGCCCCCUGCGGCGCAUGUAAAGGAACGACGAGCGGAACGCGUGUACGCGGCCGAAGGGAAUCGAACGGGCACGCGUGCGCGCGAACGCGCGCGAUGAUUCUGCACGGCAUAGGACUGUGUUCCGUGAGCGCGAGUGAGACGGGCGAAGACAGGUUAGAGUGAAACAGGGACUCGGGAGGUGCACACGCAUACACGCGCGCAAACGCGCGUGCGUGCCGGGCCGCCGUCACCGGUGAGAACAACGAGCGACAGGAUUGUUUGAAGAAAAAGAGCAGCGAGGAUCGCCGAGGAGUUGUGAUGUUGGGCCCCGCGGCAUCGCCGGGUUGUUUCUCGUGGUGAUCAAGUGCUUCGCUACGUAUACAGUGCGUUUGUACGAGAAAAAGAGAGAAAGAGAGAAGGAAAGAGAGGGGAAGAAAGAGACAGAGAGAAAGAAAGAAAGAGAUCGAGCGCGUUGGAACCGACAGUCGCGAGUGUGCGGCGCGAUCGGAGUCACGAGACGACCCGGAAUAACGAUAUAAUAGCAAGCCCGGCGGCCGUAUGUGAGUGUGUAUUCGCCGCUCGAAACACGAGGAAACGUGUCGAGAAGAGGGGUCCCGAGUGACGUCGGGGGGGGCGCGUGCAGAGCUGACUUUGCCCCCCCGCCCCUGCGGCUAUUAUCGGCACCCUUGAACGGCUCGUCGCGGUGUCGAGAGGAUUCGGCGUCGAUUUUGCAGCGGUGCGGUUUAGACCUGGGAGAGGCUCAAGGAAGAGGCCACCUCCGCCACAAUCGCCGGGCAGCGCGGAAGAGGAGGAGGAGGAGGAGGCGGAGGAGGAGGCGGGAGGAGGGGAGGGGUGGAGGAAGGCGCGACGGAGUCCAUAGUGUGGAGGAAGUAGAGUAGGCAUGUUGUCAGUCUUCCCGGCAACAACGACGGGGACGAUGAGGGUGGUGCGGUCGAUGGUACGGUGGUCGCGUCGACGAUGUUGGUGUCGCCCGUCGCUGUCGCUCAUUCUGAUCAUCACGCUAUCGUUAUCGUUGCCGACAGCGCGCUCGUUGCCGGCCGAUAUAGUGCAGAAAUUUCACGAUCCGGAGGUGGAGCGCAUGAACCAUCUGGUGGUGGACAAGAACACCGGCCGGGUGUACGUAGGCGCGGUUAAUCGUCUCUAUCAGCUGUCGCCGGACCUGCUGCUCGUCGUAAAGGAGGUCACUGGACCGAAGGGCGACUCGACAGCGUGCUCGAUGCUAGACUGCCCCCGUGAGGCGCAGAAGCGGCCAGUCGACAACGUGAACAAGGCCCUGGUGAUCGAUUACACCACCACGCGGCUCAUCUCCUGCGGCAGUCUGUUCCAGGGCAUGUGCACGGUGCGCAAUCUGCACAACAUAUCGGAUGUGGUGCAGGAAGUGAAGGAGGCGGUGGUGGCAAACAACGCCACCGCUUCGACGGUCGCGUUUAUCGCACCCGGUCCACCAAAUCCACCGGUCUCCCAGGUCAUGUACGUCGGCGUGACCUUCACCGGCAAUUCGCCCUAUCGUUCGGAAGUGCCGGCAGUGAGUUCGCGUUCCCUCGACAAGGACAAGAUGCUCAACAUCGCGGAAGCGGCAGUCACGACCGGUACGCGUAUGUACGUCAACUCUCUGUCGCGCGAACGUUAUCCCAUCAACUACAUCUACGGCUUCAGCAGUGGCGGGUUUAGUUAUUUCCUCACCACGCAGAUGAAAAAUACGGAGACGCCGAUCUAUCUCUCGAAACUGGUUCGCGUGUGCCAGGACGACGAGCAUUAUUACUCGUACACGGAGAUACCGAUUAAUUGCACUAGCGACGAGCGUAUCUACAACCUGGUGCAAGCCGCCUACGUCGGCAAGGCCGGCUCGGUACUCGCCGGCGACCUGGGCAUCACCGCUCAGGACGACGUGCUGUUCGCUGUGUUCGCCGAGAGCGACGGGCCCAACAGUGACGUGCCGCGGCCGCACUCGGCUCUGUGCGUCUACUCACUCAAGGCUAUCCGCCGCAAGUUCAUGAGCAAUAUACAGAGAUGCUUCAGCGGCGAGGGACAGCGGGGCCUGGAGUUCAUCUCUCCGAGCCACAAAUGCAUAUCAACGAAACUGCAAACGAUUGGCGAAGACUUCUGCGGCCUCGACGUGAAUACGCCUUUAGGCGGCGAAGAGCCGAUGGGUGCGGCUGCAGUUUUGACAUUCGAGACUCACUUGACGGCUGUGGCGGCCACUUCAACUGGUGAUUACACUGUGGUUUUCGUGGGCACCAACAAGGGACACCUCAAGAAGGUGGUUGUGGAGAGCUCGACGUUGGCAUUAGAAUACGGUGAUCUCGAGAUCGAUCCUGGAUCUCCGGUGAACCCGGAUCUCCUAUUCGACUCGCAGCUGAUGCAUCUCUAUGUCCUGACGGAGAAGAAGGUCUCGAAGGUCAAGGUGCAGGAGUGCUCGGUCUAUAAGACCUGCUGGGACUGCCUGGGCGCCAAGGAUCCGUACUGCGGCUGGUGCUCGUUGGAAAACAAGUGCAACCUCCGCAGUGACUGCCAAGACGCGGCCAAGGAUCCACUCUAUUGGAUCUCUUACAAGAGCGGUAGAUGCACGACGAUCACCACUGUCACGCCGGACCAACUGCAACGCACCACCGCCAGAACUCUCGAGCUCGUCAUCGAGAAUCUGCCGACACUGUCCGGGCAAUUCCUGUGCGCGUUCUCCGCUCUCGACAAGACUCUGAUUACGAACGCAUCGCGGAAGUCCUACGGCGUGAACUGCACCACGCCGAGGACCGAUUUACUGCCGUCGAUACCGCCGGGCCGACACCACUUCACAGCCAAGUUGUCCGUUCGAAUGACAAACGGGCCCGAUUUGGUGGCGACAAAUUUCACUUUCUUUGACUGCAACACGUACAGUUCAUGCACGCAAUGCGUAUCGUCGAGCUUCCCGUGUGACUGGUGCGUUGAUGGUCAUCGGUGCACUCACGAUACGGCGGAGAACUGUCGGAACGACAUUCUUGUCACGGGAGUCAGCAGAAUGGGACCAAGCUAUAGGAGUGGGCCAGGUUUUUGUCCCACUAUAAACGCCACCGAAUCUCAAGAGAUCCUCGUGUCUUCCGGUAUCAAAAAGGCGAUACGAGUCAAAGUGCAUAUCAUUGGGCAAUUCAUCAUACAAACGCGAUUUGUGUGCCAAUUCAACAUCGAGGGUCGCGUAACAAGCGUGAACGCGCGUCUGUUAGCCGACACGAUUUACUGCGAGGAGACGGAGUUCUCUUACACCUCUCGCGCGCCGAACAUCACGGUACCUUUUGCAGUGAUCUGGGGCGGUUCCAAACCCUUGGAUAAUCCGGACAAUAUACACCUUGUGAUAUACCGUUGCCGCGACAUGGCUGACAACUGCGGCAUGUGCCUGGCUUUGCCAACGAAGUACGGAUGUGGCUGGUGCCAGAGCUCGGACAGAUGCGAGGUAAAGGAUCAGUGCGACCGCGGCUCAGGCAUGUGGCUGAACAGCAACCAGACCUGCCCAAAUCCGGAGAUAAAAUCGUUUGAGCCGGUAAUGGGCCCCUGGGAAGGCAAUACAAACGUGACGAUUCGCGGCAUCAAUCUUGGCAAGACAUUCAAGGACAUAGUCGGUGGCGUUACCGUGGCCGGUAUGCGGUGUCUACCUUAUGAGGAACUUUACAUUCGAACGAAGCAAAUCGUUUGCCGAGUUGAUGGACCUGGUACGCAAGAAGGCAGGAGCGGACCCGUCAUCGUUAAGAUUGAGGACUUCCGUGGAGAAUCCGACUACAAUUUCGAAUUUGUAGAUCCACAGAUCAUCUCAAUAACACCUAAAUAUGGACCUUUGAGCGGUGGCACUACUAUCAAGAUCACCGGUAAUUACAUGAACGCCGGUAGUACUAUCCAUGCUGACAUCGACGAGUUACCUUGCUCCAUAAUAAGCGCUGAACCCAAUGAGGCUCUUUGCAUGACGAGUCCAAGUGAUCGAAAGCGGAGCGGCAUGCUAAAGAUGUCCUUUGACGGUGGUAAGCGUUUAUACGAUGGCUUCUUCGAAUACGUCGACGAUCCGACAAUCGAGAGUGUGGAAAGUGGCGUGGCUGGUCAGAUGAAGGUUCCGAAAGGAAUUCCGGCGGGUGGAAUAAAGAUUUCCGUCACCGGUAAAAACCUCGGCUACAUACAGAGUCCACAAAUGUACGUCUACUACGAUGAGAAAAUGUUCGUGUCGCAGUGUGAGGUGCAUAGUCAAGAGAGCAUGAUGUGCAAAUCGCCAACCAUCGAAGUCCCAGAACAUAUAAUGCUGGAUGCCGAACGUCCGCUCUCUCUCGAAUAUGGUUUUCGCAUGGACAAUGUUACCGGUGUGCAAAAUCUCUCGCAGCAUGGCUUUAAUCAUUUUCUUCUGUAUCCAAAUCCGAUCUACGAAGUCUUCGAGGAGGAAGUUAAAUAUUACAAGAGUGACUAUUUGACGAUCAAUGGUCAACACCUUGAUCGUGCCUGCCAAGAAUCUGACGUGGUUGUUCAAAUCGGUAACGCCUUCUGCAAUGUCACGUCCUUAUCGCGGCAACAGCUCACUUGUCGGCCACCCUUGACGCAACCACCGGCUAUCGAUGCCCAGGGUCUGCCCAAUAAACAAGAAUUGCCGGAGGUGGUACUAAUAGUGGGUGGUACGCUUCGUUAUAAUAUUGGCAAGCUUAGCUACGCACUGCCAGCUGGAUUGAACGGGCCGUUGUCGAAACCUGCGCUUAUCGGCGUGAUCGCCGCCAUCGUGAUCUUAGUAUUUGUAUUCAUAGCGUUCCUUAUCGCCUAUCGCAGAAAGUCUACGGAGAGCAAUCGCGUAUUGAAGAAUAUGCAGGAACAGAUGGAUAUUCUUGAGCUACGAGUCGCUGCCGAGUGUAAGGAGGCCUUUGCCGAAUUACAGACGGAAAUGACUGAUCUCACGGGAGAUCUUACCAGUGGUGGCAUUCCCUUCCUUGAUUAUCGCACUUAUGCAAUGAUGAUAUUAUUCCCCAGCGACGACAACAGUCCGGUACUGCAGUGGGACAGGCCAGAACUCGUACGAAAAGAAAAGGGAUUGCGCUUAUUCGGUCAAUUGAUAAUGAACAAGACUUUCCUAUUGUUGUUUGUACGAACACUUGAGAGCAAUCGUUACUUCUCGAUGAGAGAUCGAGUUAACGUUGCCAGUCUGAUUAUGGUUACACUGCAGAGCAAAAUGGAAUAUUGCACAGACAUCCUGAAAACGUUGCUGGCGGAUCUUAUAGAGAAGUGCACGGAAGGCAAGAGCCAUCCAAAGUUAUUCCUGAGACGAACUGAGAGCGUCGCUGAGAAGAUGCUGUCUGCUUGGUUCACAUUUCUCUUGUACAAAUUCAUGAGAGAAUGCGCCGGUGAACCAUUGUACGUACUGUUUCGCGCGGUAAAACAGCAGGUCGAUAAGGGUCCUGUCGAUGCGAUUACAUCAGAAGCACGAUAUUCCUUGUCCGAAGAAAAAUUGAUCCGACAAUCUAUCGACUUCAAAGCAAUGACGGUUUACGUUUCGAUAUCUCAACAAGCCGCGUUUGUUGGAGGAAUGGAUCCUAACACGGAGAAUGUGCCAGUCAAGGUACUUGACUGUGACACAAUAUCUCAAGUGAAGGAGAAAGCGUUGGAUACAAUCUACCGAGCGACUCCAUACAGCCAAAGACCCCGAAAGGAGGAUCUUGAUCUCGAAUGGCGAACUGGCGCGUCCGGUAGAUUAAUUCUUUAUGACGAAGAUUCAACAACGAAAACGGAGGGCGAGUGGAAAAAGAGAAAUACUUUGAAUCACUACAGGGUACCGGACGGAGCGUCGCUCAAUUUAGUCUCCAAACAAUCGUCUAUAUACAAUCUUUCGAUUCUAUCGGAAAAGACGGACAAAUCGCACAAAUACGAAACCUUGAAUCUUAGCAAAUUUAGUUCGGCGAGUCCCCCGCUUUCUCGCGCAACUUCGCCGCUCAAUCAGAAUAUCGAAGCUGGUAUGAAGAUUUGGCACCUUGUUAAGCAUCAUGAUUCCGAUGCGCGAAAGGAGGGAGAUCGCGGCAAUAAAAUGGUUUCGGAGAUCUAUUUGACGAGGUUACUCGCAACAAAGGGUACGCUUCAAAAGUUCGUCGACGAUCUGUUCGAAACAAUAUUCAGCACUGCCCAUCGAGGCUCGGCGCUACCUCUCGCGAUCAAAUACAUGUUCGAUUUCAUGGACGACCAAGCUCUGCAACACGGCAUAUCCGAUCCGGAAGUGGUCCACACGUGGAAGAGCAAUUCCCUUCCCCUUAGGUUUUGGGUUAAUCUCAUAAAAAAUCCGAAUUUUAUUUUCGAUAUACACAAGUCCAACAUCGUGGACUCAUGUUUGUCCGUCGUAGCGCAGACGUUCAUGGACAGCUGCUCGACGUCGGACCAUAGAUUAGGUAAGGACUCUCCGAGUUCGAAACUAUUAUAUGCGAAGGACAUUCCAGUGUACAAAGAGUGGGUGGAGCGUUACUACUCAGAUAUUAAAGUCAUGCCAGCCAUAUCCGAUCAAGACAUGAAUGCCAUGCUUGCCGAAGAGUCGAGGUUGCAUACAACGGAGUUUAACACGAAUUGUGCUUUAUACGAACUGUAUACAUACGCGGGUAAAUACAACGAACAACUAAUAGUCACGCUCGAGGAGGACGAGUUCUCGCAGAAGCAGAGACUGGCGUACAAGCUCGAGCAAGUGCACAAUAUAAUGGCGGCGGACAAUCCCUGAUGCAUGACCAUGAACUCCAUGAAGCACAUGACGAAACCUGCUCGUCAAGAGUUACCCUGCUGAGCGGUCAAUCGCGAUCCGGUAUAAUUAUCAACGGCGCGAACGAAGGGAACUGGCCUACCUUGAAAUCGAUUAUCUCAGGUUCCGUGCAAAAGCCAGUUUUCUCAGCUUAACGCAAAUCGCGAGUGAACUUUGAAGUUAUUCCGAUGGGGAAAGGGGGCUAAAAAAUAUCGCGAGUUAACUGAGAAUUAAUUAAAGGACUAAGUGUUAAAAGUACAUGUCGAGGAAGUCUUCUCAGAGGUCGCCAGUUCGUAGGUGUGGCCAUAAUCAUAAGCACAUUGCCGCGUGCGCGCAUAAUUGUACAUAAGAUAUCAAAAAUCAUGAAUAAUUGUAAUAGGAUAUUAAAUGUACGAUCACUCUUCGACGGCCGAGUCGAGUGUAAAAGCGGGGCGAAAGCGUUUCCCUCGUUGCGCGGUGGUCGCACGUCCGUUUGCACCGCGAGUGAUUUUAAAAAUGAAUGUAAUAAUGUGAAACACACACUAGUGAUAAGAGAGGCGCGAGUGAGGGAAUCAGCCGCGAUCGAUAAUUUGUAAAUGUGUUUAAAAAUGAAAAAAAAAUGGUCGAUUGCCGGCACCGUGAUCUCGGUGAUCUGGCGAUUUUUAACGAAGAAACAUUUCCAUCCACCGCUACUCUAGCUGAAUUUUUUUGAAUUACGAGAACUGACGAAUUUUAAGAGAUAAUUAUCGAUAACGAUGAAAUAAUUAAACGAUAUGGGUAUAUUAUAUAUAUGUAUGGAUGGUAUGUCGUAUGUAUAUGUGUACAUAUAUACACUUUAUACCGGCGCAAGCAUGCCUGUGUGUGCGUGUGCGUAUAUCUAGUAUCCGAUGAGGAGGCGCGCGUGCGAGCAGGUAGGACGGUAUCCCGCGCCGAGUUAUUUUGCCAUAACUUUAUCACACAAAACGAGACCCAAGGAAGUCUCAUUCGCUCACACGCUUAUAAGCGCGCUGUCGCGCGCUCCAUAACUCGGCAGCGCCGUACCGCGCGCACGUGCGUAUUUAAUAUGGUGUAUUAUGUAUACUUACACGGCGCUCGAGAAGAAAGGCAGAAAGGAGGGAAAAAAAGUCAUCCGCGCAACGGAGACAGACUGUGUAUUAGUUAGUAAGUAAUUAAUCUAUGGACUAUGGCCGCGCGCGAGGCCAGCUCGAUGUGACGGUUGUGUUGAGUGUGCGUGCUUCCCCUCCUUGGUCUCUGCGACUCAUUGUUCCAUUUCGCCAUUUAAUCGUUCAUUCCUAUCGUCGUGCAUCCAUCACCGAUGUCAUCGUCGCUAUCCAUAAUCAUCGAUAACCUUGUCCUUUUCCUCCCUCAUCCUCAUGUCCAUAGCUAUCUCCCAAUCUCUUUCUCUUCCUUCCCCUCUCUCUCCCCUUUCUUCAUACUACUUGUAGCAUGUCCACCAUCAAAGUUGUCCUGUUCUUCCUUCAUCCUUUUACAAUUCAUCUACAUACUACUUUCUAUCUCUCUCUCUCUCUCUCUUUCUCUCUCUCCCUUGUAAUGCUUCAACGCCUCCGUCGUCAUGUUGUUGUCACUCUUAAUUAUUGUAAUAUAUAAUGAAUAACGAUCACUGUUGAGUAUUGUCUGAUUGUAAUACAUUGAUAUUGAAUUGAUAUUGAAUUGAUAAUCAUUAAUUAAAAGCGUAACAUUAACUCUGUGGAUGUAGCCAUAUUGGUGUGCGUGAAAAUGAACCGCGCGAAUGGAUGUGUAUUUGAUCAAGAGCCGAAAGCAUUGCACAGUAUCGUAAAAAAAGAGUACAUACGUUACUUUGGAAUCUCGUGUGUGAGCGCCGAAGAGUCGUCGCAUCGAUUAACAACGUUGUCUAAUCAACUGAUCAUUCCCUUCGUAUUUACGCACAAUUUGCCAAAUCACACUAUGUUAUCUGUAAAUCGGACAAGUCCGAUCUAUAGAGUGCCUGAUCCUUGUAUGGAUUUUACAUACUCUUGGGGAAGAUAAGUAGCCAAUGCGAUUCGAGGUUGGACGUUUCUUCGAGCUCGCAGCAUUUAACGUGACAUUCUGUCAAUGCGUACGGCUAGUAGCGAAUGACGACUGCCCGACGUGUAUGCGCGUGUGCAUGUGUCCUGUGCGUCAAUUCAAUGUGCAGUUAUACGUGGAGAAAGUAUUUAUUGCUCAAAAAACAUCGGAAGACCGUGGUGGAAAGGUAAGGAAGAGCGGGUAAAAGAUACGGAGUUGUUGAGUAGGCUUACUGGAAAAGGAAUUGGGGGAGGGCGAGGUGGAAAGUCGGAAGAAGGGACAGACGGUGAAAUCUACGCGGUGGCGAAGACACAUCGCCAGACAGGGUAAUAAUUACGCGACAGGAAAGAGGCGAGAAAUGAUAUAACUAAUGAAGAUAACGGGUCAACCGAACGAUCCGACAACCAUCCAGGUUUUCCUCGAGGAUGAGGCGCGUGAAUCGCGUGCUCGCCCGCUGUUCCGUGCACGAGAGAACGGGGCGUGCGGUACCCUCCCCCGCGCACGCCGACUUCAAAUGGUACUAAUAAACCCAAAGUGCCUCUGGUAGAUUUUUGGGCAUAAGCUUGAGUAAUAAAGACUACAUAGCAUUUACUAUAAAAAAAAAAGAAAGAAAGGAAAAGAGACACGACUACGACGCGACCGCUGAUUAUAAUAAAACAAUAAUAAAAGAGCCGAGAAAGAGAGAGAAAAAGGAGAACAAAAAAUGAAAACGAAACACGGCGAGAGUGCUUCUAACGCGCCCUCCGCAAAUCGAUUGUGCGCGAAAGGCGAGCGGAGGUGCAGGCGUACCGGGUGUGUACGCGGUGCGUACGCUAAUUAAACGUUUAGAUAGAUAUUAACGUAUAGUCGGUAGCCUAGUCUCUAUGUCGGUGUCUGUCUGCCCUGAGUGUCUUUCCCACGGUGUACCCCUCAAGUGCGUGUACCUUGAAACCCCCGGCGAACAGAUUCCCUCACAGUCCAACGCCCUCGGUCACCGUCGUCCUCGAGUUCAGCCUCUCCCCCGCGUCACGUUCCCGGCCAUGUAUCGACCCAUCGUGGAUCCUCGCCGUCCUUUGUCUCCUGAGCUCUUCCCCCUCCCCUCUCCUGAAUCUUCUCCAGUACCUCGACACCCCGUCUUUUAACGCAACUAACUGUGCUCACAUCACGCGUCAUUCGCCACAAUUACCGAUCGGCACGUUUUGCUAAGUAAAUAUUAUUAUUAUUGUAUCGAUGGUUCCUCAUCAAUUAUGGAAUAUACGAAUCCCGAUUUGUAAAAUUCGACUUAACUAAGAAGAUGUGUAAUAACUUAAUCAUCGUAUCGUUCAUGCGUGGCUUGCUGCCCUGGCAGUCUAACUACCGUCGUAUGCUUGAAUGUGGAGAUAGCGUGCGCGCCUCCGAGAGUGUUUCUGAUGUAUGUUAGAGUGUGCGAAUGUAUACGAAUAUCCAUUAUAUUCCCGCUUCUCUGUGCGUCUUGUUCAAAUUGUUUAUUCCCUUUUCUCUCGUCGCCGUCAAUCGAAAAUCUGUCGGUUGAGCCACGAGAGUUAGAAGAAACAAUCUAAAAAGAAAAAGAGACAAAGAAGACGGAGUUGCAUGAAUGGCUGAACGAAUGCCAGGUGAAUUGUGUAAGACUGAGAGAGGCAGCGGAGGGAGCUUGCCAAUCAAUCCUGAGGUCGCUCCCUCGCCGCUCAUUUUUACGUCAUAAAUAUUAAUUAUGAUUAUACAUAAAGGAUAAACACAUCCAACAAAACAUGAUUACGUUAUGUUUAUAAUAGUCAUGUUCCUUUCCGAUCGAUGAUAAUUGAUAAUAAAUCUAUAUCAAUCUUGCUACAU